AUGAGUGAUAAAUCAAAAUCUCCACCUGCACUUGCCAAGAAAACAACCAAGCCAAUUAUUAAGAUCUAGGUUUCAAACGAAAAAAUAUAGACCAAAAAUUAUCAGCCUUCAAGAUUUGUGGUUGCUGAAAGAUUAUAACCUAUUACUUACAAGACUCAAGAAGUAUUGAGUGAGUUUCAAACUAAAAUAGAAAGCACAAUAUUGAAUCCAAACCUAUUAAAAAGUGUUCAGCCUAGUUAAUAAAGAGUCAUUCAGCCAAAAGAAUAUAAAAAGAAACCUCUUAGGAGAUAGGAAAAUGAAAUGCAAAUGUAUAAAGACAUAUUUGUAUAACCAAAAGCAGAUGCAUUAUAAGAGUUAAAAGAAAAGGAGAAGGACUUUGAAGCUCUCUUUCACAAAGGAUAAGCCAAACAAUAUGACAAAAUACUAAACAUAAAAGAAGUGGAAGAGAAGCAAACCAAGACUUUACUGGGAUCUUUGCUCAAUGAACAAAUCAUGAAAUCAACUGCUCCGAUGGACAAUAUUGAUUUAAAAAAAGAAAUCGACAAGGUGGCAUAAAUGGACUUAGCAGUUCAACCUGAAACGAACUUUUAAUUUUUUGAUCAACAAAUUUCUGUCUAACCUCCAGAUCUCCCCAAUGCCAGUAUUGCUUCCCCUUUAACUCCUGGCAAUGGGUAUGCUCCUUCUAUCCCUUACACUCAUAAUGUCAAGGAAAAUAAUAGAACCAGCAUCAAGGAUUUGUUAGUAAGGGCCAAAGCAGGUAUGUAGGCUGGGGACAUACAGAAGGAAGCUCAUUUAUCCUUUUAUUUGGGAAUGGUUUAUGAAAGCAGCAAAAAUCAUAAUGAAGCUGUCAGAUUUUACAAAAAGUUUGUGGCUUGUGCUAAAUUGAUGGAGGAUAAGAUAGGGAUGGCAUUGGGAACGAAUAGAGUGGCUUUUAACUAUUACAAUGCUGGAAAUUACACUAAAUCAAUUGAGUUCCAUAAGCAAAACCUUUAAUAUUCCGAUUAAGAGAAUAUGUUCACUGAAGGUUAAGAAAUUACGAGGAUUCAGUGGAAUAUUUUGAAUAAGCUUUGGAGCACUGGUGCCCAGAAAAGAGAUGAAGCAGAAUCCCAAUGUAUAUCCUUUGGAUAAUUAGGGAUAGUUUAUUUAGAAAUUAAAUAAUAUCAAUUGGCUUAUGAGAAUUUUCAAAAUUGUUAUGAAUUAGCCAGAAGAUUAAAAAAUCAUAAAUUGCAAUUGGAGUGUCUAUUAAAUUUAAUUAAAAUAUCCGGAUAUUUACAAACUCCAGUUGAAAUUUAAACAGAUAUUUUAAGAAAUGCAAUCUAAUGUGCCAAUCAUUUAAAUGAAAAAUCCAUAGCUACUUUAUGUUUGUGUAAUUUAGGCGUUCUUGAAUCAAAGCCUCAACAACCUAUCGAAGAAUAUGAUGAUUUAGAAUAUGAAUAAUUUUGA